AUGCAGACGGCGAAAGUGAAGGCGAAGGACAUGGUGAGCUCGGCAAAGGAGAAGGUGAAGGAGGGGGCGGCGGACGUGCAGGGCAAGACGGGCAAGGCAGCGUCGAGCACGCACGGUGAGAAGGAGAUGGCCAAGGAGGAGGAGCGGGCGCACAAGGCCCAGGCCAAAGCUCAGAAGCACCAGGAGAAGGCCGAACACCGCACAGACGCCGCCCCGGGACGCCACAGCACGCGCGUGCCCAUCACGGCCGGGACGCAUGGUCACCACGGCCCCGUCGGCGCGCCCGUCGACCCGGCGUAUCCGGGCACGGGCACCAACCCGGCGGCGGAGAAGUAUAUCUAGAAGUGUGUAAGGAAGGGGAUAUGAGGAGCUAGCGCCAGUGUUCCUUCAGUCUGUGUUCCUUUUAGUCUGUAGACUGUAGCUACUAGCUAGUGAUCCUGCCCCGUCGGUCGGAGUACAACACGUUUGUGUGCGCAUGCGUGUGCAGGAAUAAAAGUACUGUCACUUGUAAAA